CACUCACAUCUCUCCUUGCUUUCCUAAAUAUAAACACACUUCUUCUUUUUUUUUUUGAGAAAGACACACUUCUUCUUUCAUUGUUCAUAUAUUUCUUCUUCGGAGUUUCACAAUGGCUGGUGUUGAGGUUGAGAAAACAGUACCAAACACAGAAGAGAAGACGCCAACCGAGGCAGCAAAGAUUGAGACGCCUAAGGAAACCAUCCAUGCUGAUGACUCGGCCACUGCGGUUGAAGUUGAAAUCAAAGAAGAUGAAGAAGCACCAAAGGUAGAGAAAGAGACUGAAAAAACUGAGACAGCUCCAGUUAAAGAGGAGAAACCGGUUGAAACUCCGGCAGCUGUGGAGGAGAAAAAUGUUAAGCCGACGGCAGAAGAAGAGAAGACUGUUGAAGUCAAGACAGCCUAAGAUGCUCGCCUUUCUCACCCAUGAGAACAUUUCUGUUUUGUUUAAAUCCUAUAUUUUCGCAUAAUAAUAAGAUAAUCCAGGUGCUAUUAUUGUAAUAUUUAUUUAAUAUAUAAUGAUAUUAUGUGUUUUCCUUUUU